UUCUUCUCCUGUCCCAUUUAAAUCAAUUUUGUGAUUUUUUUUUCUUUUUUGACUUUUUCUGGAUUUCUUUAUGGUUAAUUUGUUGAAUUUGGGGAUAUUUUUUCCUGGAUUUUUUGAGAUUUGAGUUCAGAUCUGUAUGUUAUUCUUACAAUUGAUAUAGGGGAUUGUCUAAUUUUUUUGAAAUUAGGUUAAAAAAGAUGGAAUCUACUGAUUCUGUAGAAGUAAAUCAAAUAAAGAUCAAAGAAGAAAAAGAAGAAUCUCCAUCAUUUCGUUGUAAUUUGUUCGAUUCAGAAGUAGUACAUAAGAUAUCACAAAUUUUAUUAUUAGGAUUAUCUACAGCUUGUGUUGAUAAUACAACAGGAGAUCUAUUCAAAGGACCAGCAAUUGUUGCUGUAGAUAUGAAAAAAGAAAUGGUUGAUUAUUUUACACAGAGAAGUGAAACAUAUGUUGCAGAAUCAGUAGUACAAGAAGGCGGUGCAGAUGCGGAGAAUUACGAUCAUCCUACCGAUGUUAUUUCUGAUUUUGUGGAUGAUUUUACUAGUUUGAAGAGGAAUUUGUUUGGGAGGGUUUCGGGUUGGUUGUUGAGUGAAAGAAGGGAAGAUAGGAUAGAUGAUUUUGUUCAAGAGAUGGAAAUUAGUGGGUUUUGGUCGAAUGAUAGGAGGGAAGCUAUUGCGCAGACGUUAUUGAAGAAUGUUGAUUUUAAGAAUAUGUAUACUUGUGAUAUGAAGUAUGGUACAAUGGAGGAGCUAGAUGCACAUAGCGAAGAGUGUAAGUUUAGGAUUAUGAGUUGUCCAAAUGAGGGUUGUGCGAUUAGCUUUUGUGCCGUGCAUAAGGAUAAACAUGAUGCGAUUUGUUCGUUUAGGUAUCUUCCUUGUGAGCAAGGGUGCUCGGAGACUAUUAUGAGACAUGAGAUGGAUAGACAUUGCAUAACUGUUUGUCCGAUGAAACUUGUGAAUUGUAAGUUUUACUCAGUGGGUUGUCAAGCUACAAUUCCUGUGUGUAAAAUUGAUGUGCAUAUUGCAGAGGCUUUUCAAUCUCAUGUGCAGAACAUUCUCAAAAUAAUUCAUAAGGAGGCAUCUGUUGAGGAUCUGAAGUAUCGUUUUGAGCAGCAUGAAAAGUCAUCAUCUUUCAGUGAUCUAUCAGAAUUUCGGGAUGUAAGAUCUCUAACUAAUGCAGUGAAGAAGUUAGAUGCAAAAUUGGGUCCUCUAGAACAUGUCCCAGUUAAGGAAGAGAACCUGGAGCCAGAAAUUGUGUCCGCACCAUCAUCAGAAGAUUCAGAGAAACAAACCGCGGAAAAGAAUCUGGAGCCAGAAGUUGUAUCAGCACAACCAUCAAAUGAUUCAGAGAAACAAAUUGCUGAAAAGAAUCUGGCCCCAGAAGUGGAGUCAGCAAAAAUAUCAGAAAAUUUAGAGAAACAAAACGCAGAAAAGGUUCCAGAGAAAGCAGAAAUGCAAAAAGAAGUAACUAUGGAGCCUAAGAACCAAGUUUGUGAAACGAACCCAGAACCAGCAAUUUUGCCACGCCAAGUAUCAGACAACAAAAUUCAUGAAGUGAAUCCUGAAGCCGAAAUCAAGCCAGGUCAAUUUUCAGAGAAGCCUGAGAAUCAGUAUCAUGAACAACACCAGGAAAGACAAAUUGUCGAACCAGCACAUUUAUCAAUGAAGUCAGAGAAUGAUGUUCAUGAAGAAAUCCUUGGGACAGAGUCAAAACCAAAAUCAGUAUCAGAGUCAGACAACCGAAGUCGUGAAAAGGCCCAUGAGGCAGAAGUUGUCCUAGAAGAAGUGUUAGAGGAGUUGGAGAAGCAAGAUGCCGAAGAGGUAAACACAAAUAGAACAAACAAGCCAGAAGAAGUACUUGAGGAAUCAGAUACACAAGUUCAUAAUUCUCAUACAACAACUCCGUCAAAAAAGGUAUCAAAAGAGCUAAACAGCCAAUCUGAAUCAUCUGAUGAAGAGAAUACAGUUGCAGCAACCAUACCACAGUCAGAAAAGGUAUCGGAAGAGCUAAGCAGCCAUUCUGAGUCAUCUGAUGAAGAGAAUACAGUUGCUGCAACCAUACCAGAACAAGAACCAGAUGAGUCGGGGAAACAUGUUAAAACCUCUCAUCCAGAUCUUUAGCACCAACGUCUUUUACUGAGAUAAGCAACCUUUUCUUGUCUCUUAUUUAUUCUUGGCACCUCUUGAAAUGCAGAGUUUUAUAUGUUUCGUAACAAGUUUUUGACCCAAAUUUUUCCUGGCAUUGCAUUUUCAUUGUACUAGUUUCUUAUUUCAUGUUGGUCGGUUGUACUUUCAGUAGUGGUGUACAGCCUUCAUAUUUUCAAAAUCUAGGUUGGAUUUUACCAGGUACAACAAGUUCAGUAACCUGGGUUUGUAAUCCUCUAAGGUUUGAGUUGUAUUAUCUUUGAUAAGAUUUUGUAUUCUUCGAAAAUUGCAGAUUAUAAAUAAAAUACAUUUUCUGCA